AUGUGUGGCCGAUUUGCCAACGCCCAAACCAUCCCUCAGUACCGCGCUGCGGUUCGAGAGGAGCUACCUGACCGACGACCUCCCACCCCUGCUCCAGACGCGGACGACUAUACCCCAUCCCACAAUGUAGCGCCCCAGACCCGCUCUCCCGUUGUCCGCCGAGAGCUUUCUUGGGAACGCGAGCGUCGCCUCAAAUCGGUCCGCAACCCGACGGAGCAAGAACGCGAGCACCAGCUCAUCAUUCAGACCAUGAAGUGGGGCCUCAUCCCUCGCUUCCAUAAAAAACAGCCGACCUCCGGAGAAGCAUACAAGACCAUCAAUGCGCGCGAUGACACCAUCUUGUCACCACAGAGGUCGAUGUGGCAUUCACUACUGCCAAGUCAGAGGUGCGUCGUGUUCGUACAGGGAUUCUACGAGUGGCAGAAGCGUGGAGGCCCUGGCGAGGGGGACAAGGUGGAGAGGAUCCCGCAUUUCGUAGGCAUGACGGAAUCAGGUCAUGGCAGAGAGGACAAAACCGGGCAUGGAAGACGUCUCAUGCCCCUCGCCGGGCUUUGGGAACGUGUCCGAUUCGAUGGCGAAGAAAAACCGCUCUACACUUUCACCAUCAUCACAACGGCGAGCAACGACCAGCUUGGUUUUUUACACGACCGGAUGCCAGUGAUCCUGCCGACUGCCGAGGCGAUCUCAACCUGGCUUGGCGUGGGAGUGGAGCCAAAAUCAUCGGGUGAGGUGAAAAAGGGCGAAGAUAUCGACGACAGCUGGAGCUUCGAAGUUGCCAAGCUCUUGAGGCCGUUGCAGAGCGAAUUGGAGUGCUACAAGGUGCCCAAGGAAGUAGGAAAAGUGGGCAACAGCGAUCCAAGCUUCAUCCUGCCGAUCGAAGAGCGCAAGGACGGGCUCAAAGCUUUCUUCGCCAAACAAAAGCAGCCAAAACAGGCCUCGACCAACGAAGUGAUGCAUCCUCCUGGAACCAACGUAAGCUCGGCAAACGGUGUCAAAGAAGAGCAGGCAGACAACUCACAAGAUACCGAUCCCCUCAUGCCGAGCUCUGCCGAAGACUCGCAAGCGUUGAGAGCCGCACAGCAAGCGGAAGAUGAAGCUGCCAUGGCAGAGGCGGCGGCGCGAGCUGAGCAGGAAGAAGCAGACAGAAAGCUGGCAGAGCAGAUGCAGCACGAUUUCGAGCAGGAUGAGGCGGCAGGGCGAAUCACAGGCGGAACCGAAAUGGGUCGAAGCGAGUCGAUCGUCAACACGGGAGUGACGUCCGAGUCCGACUUGACGCAGAGCACAAACGAGACUCUGAAGCAGGAAGACAACGACUCUAUUGAAGGCGAUGAGGUGGGAGAUGGAUUCGGUGUUCCAGAAGGCGAAGAAGGACCUUCGACUCGGACGAGGACGAGGGAUCGCAGCGAGUCCAGCGACGUCGAGCAGCCUUUCAAGCGCGCCCGUACCUCCACAUCGUUGUCACCAUCGGCUUCCGAUCAAGACCAGUGCGGCCGGGAACGGUCAAGCAAGUUCUCUCCAGACCCCUACAAUCCGCCGCUUUCACCACCUCGCCCGCGAGGCGGGUACAGUCGUCGUCUGUCCCCCUCUUCCGGUGGAGGGAUCCACGUCAACCCACCUCGAGGCAGAAACCGAGGCAAACCACGACACGAGCCUUUCCCGCAAGCUCCACCGCAUACGUGGAAAUCUCCGCCCAAGAAGGAGCGAGGUCCCAUGGACGACAUGCUGGAAAAGCAAAGGAGGGUAGCGGAACGGGAGAGCCAGGAUGAAGAGCGGUUGUGGAGGGAUCUGAGUCCGUCGCGGGCAGAGCGUAGCAAGGAUGGGGAGAGCGAGAAGAGCAACGGAGGCAGUCCAAAAGGGAAACCAAGUCGACCGGGUGGGACAACGGGCGUUACAAAGGGAGAUAAGGGCGGCAAGGGUUCGGGCGCGGAUAUCAGAUCCUUCUUUUCACCUCAGAAGACGUCGCCUUCAAAAUCGUGA